UUAACCACUUCCCGACCAGCCCAUGUACAUAAACGGCGGGACGGGAGCGCUGCCGGAGCGGGUGGACGUUUCUAAACGUCCCCCCACAUCCAUUUCCUGUGCGCGCUCGCUGAAAGCUCGCGGCACCGCGAUCGGUGCCCACUGUGUCCGGAGGUCACAAUUCAUGUGAUCACUGAUUGGCCAAUCAGUGAUCACUUCCUGACACCAUUGCUUACUAGGUGUGAAAUCUGUGAAUGAUCACAGAGGUCACAUGGUACAGGGCUAUUCACAACAGCCUCCUACCAUGUGACAAGCUGUGACCAAUCACAGCUCUCACAUGGU